UUUUUUAUUUUCCUCCUUUUCACUUUGCUCUUCUUAGAAGAAAAAUUGAUCCUUUCUCUCUCUACAGCCCCAUUCCUCUCUCUCUCUCUCUAUAUAUAAAUAUAAGUAUACAUUUGUUUAAUUCUUUAAAUGGUUAUUGGUUGUGUAAAUUUUGAUGUGGUGUAAAGUCAAAAACUUUGAGAGAGGAACUGAAUUUGUUUAUUGAAACAACAGGAAGAAUCCUUUUUUUUAACAGAUUCUGGGCUUGAGGAAUCUUGUUGGAAGGUUUAGCUACUCGGGUGUUGUUUUGAAGAGGAAAUUCAGGAGUGUAAUUUGAAUCCUGCUUUGGUCAGGAGUGUAAUCUGAGUCCUGCAUUGGAUUCUGGGUUCAGUUGUAAUUUCGAGAAGAAAUUUUGGUAGAAUUUGCUUUUCUUUGCUUGGCUAAUCUGUAGAUAUGUCUAGUUUUGUUGGUGUUCUUGUCUCUGAUCAAUGGCUUCAAAGCCAAUUCACACAAGUUGAGCUUCGCAGCCUUAAAUCCAAGUUUGUUUCAGUAAAGAACCAAAAUGGUAAAGUCACAGUUGGGGAUUUGCCGUCCUUGAUGGUAAAAUUGAAGGCUUUUAGUACCAUGUUGACUGAGGAUGAGAUUAGGCAGAUAUUGGAUGAAUCCUAUAGUGACAUGAGCAAUGAAAUUGAUUUUGAAACGUUCCUCAGGGUGUAUUUAAAUUUGCAAGGUCAAGCUACAGGAAAAUUGGGUGGUCCAAAAAAUUCAUCAUCCUUCCUAAAGGCCUCCACAACCACUCUUCUUCACACAAUCAGUGAAUCAGAAAAAGCCUCUUAUGUUACACACAUAAACAUUUAUCUUGGGGAUGACCCAUUUUUAAAGCAGUUUCUUCCCCUGGAUCCAACUACGAAUGACCUUUUCAAUCUUGCAAAAGAUGGAGUACUUUUAUGUAAGCUUAUCAAUGUUGCUGUGCCUGGAACAAUAGAUGAACGAGCGAUCAACACAAAAAGGGUACUUAACCCAUGGGAGAGGAAUGAGAACCAUACCCUUUGUCUCAACUCUGCAAAGGCUAUUGGCUGCACAGUGGUAAACAUUGGCACACAGGACUUGGUUGAAGGAAGGCCUCAUCUCUUACUUGGGUUGAUCUCUCAAAUUAUAAAGAUCCAACUGUUAGCAGAUCUCAACCUUAAGAAGACACCUCAGCUUGUGGAAUUGGUGGAGGAUAGCAAUUCAGAUGUUGAGGAACUUAUGGGGUUAGCUCCUGAGAAGGUUCUACUAAAAUGGAUGAAUUUCCAUUUAAAUAAAGCAGGCUAUGAGAAAACUGUUACAAAUUUUUCCUCAGAUGUGAAGGAUGCAAAAGCCUAUGCUUACCUGCUUAAUGUUCUGGCACCAGAGCACUGCAAUCCAUUGACCCUUGAUACUAAGGAUGCUGCCGAAAGGGCUAAACUAGUACUUGACCAUGCAGAGAGAAUGGGCUGCAAACGAUAUUUGAGCCCAAAAGACAUUGUUGAGGGCUCACCAAACUUGAAUCUUGCAUUUGUGGCUCAAAUCUUUCAUCAAAGGAAUGGCCUGAGUACAGAUAGCAAAAAGAUUUCUUUUGCAGAAAGGAUGACUGAUGAUGUGCAAAUUUCCAGAGAAGAGAGAUGUUUUCGACUAUGGAUCAACAGUCUUGGAAUUGAGAGUUAUGUUAAUAAUGUCUUUGAGGAUGUCAGAACUGGAUGGAUACUUUUGGAGGUGCUCGAUAAGGUUUCUCCUGGAUCAGUCAACUGGAAGCAUGCAACAAAACCUCCAAUUAAGUUUCCAUUUAGAAAAGUAGAGAACUGCAACCAAGUGGUAAAGAUUGGGAAGCACUUGAAAUUUUCCGUUGUGAAUGUUGGUGGAAAUGAUAUAGUGCAAGGAAAUAAAAAACUCAUAGUUGCAUUCCUAUGGCAAUUGAUGAGGUUUAAUAUGCUUCAACUUCUGAAGAGUUUGAGAUCCCGCUCCCGAGGAAAGGAGAUAACUGAUGCUGAUAUCAUAAAUUGGGCAAACAGGAAAGUCAGAAGUACAGGAAGAACUACUCAAAUUGAAAGCUUCAAGGAUAAGAGCCUUUCCAAUGGACUGUUUUUCCUUGAGCUUCUAAGUGCCGUGGAGCCAAGAGUGGUGAACUGGAACCUUGUGACUAAGGGUGAAAGUGAUGAGGAGAAGAGGUUGAAUGCAACAUAUAUCAUAAGCGUGGCUCGAAAGAUUGGGUGCUCCAUUUUCUUGUUGCCUGAGGACAUCAUGGAGGUAAACCAGAAAAUGAUCCUCACUCUAACAGCCAGCAUAAUGUACUGGUGCCUUCAACAUGCAGCGGAAGAGGGUGAGACAAUUCUCUCCCCUGCUAAUGGCAACGGUAGUAUCAAUACGCUAGAUGCAUCUCCAGCACCAUCUGUUAGUGGUGAAGACGAAAGCUCCUCGCUGUGUGGUGAGAUCUCAAGCUUAACCAUCGAUGAUGCUGCCUCAGACAUUACAGUCUCAUCUCAAGCCGAGAAUGAAGAUACUCCUGUUGAAUAGUCAAUAUUGAAUUGCAACUAUUUACCUCCCAUACAUGAUCAGGACAGACAGAAGGGAUAAAGAGUGAAUAUGGUUGCAGGCAAGGUAGAGCUUAUGCCCCCAUUAAAUGAAGAAAAAAGGCAGAUGGCGCAUCUACUCAUCCACCAAGACCUGGAAAAGGAUUGCUAUACUUUCUUUCGUUCUUUUAUUCUUUUUCAUUGAAAAGAUAGGGAGGAGGAAAAUUCCUCCCUGAAACACAGUAAAAUGAAAAAAAAAAAAAAGGGUUCUGAACCGGCUACGUUUUUUAAAAAGAAGAGAUGCCGGCGGGGACAUACUUUUUAGUCGUUUAGAUAAUAUUCUUUGACAUUAAUAGCAUAAAUAUCAUAAAUGGUAUACUCUUACUUCUGAAUACUGUUUAUCAAUUCAAAGAUUGGGGCAAGUUUCUUCAAAUUUACAACCAUAUUGGGUUAUAAAUUUGCAGCUUGGAAACAGGAUUCCAGGGGAAAGACACCCCUUUUUCUU